AUGGCUCCUUGUCGUCGCCACCGCAACAACUCCGCCAUCGCCUUCCGCUCUUCCCAGUUAGCUGUCGCCGCCACGAUUCGCUCUCGAAGCGCCCUCGCCUCUAGGAGACGAUCGCUCCGCGCACCGCCGGCGCUGGCCGUUGGCGCUCUUCACUCCCUCGCUCUCGUCUACCUUGUUCUGCUCGCCGUCUCCCCUCUCGCUUCCGCUCGCUCCCUCGACAAUGCGCCGCCAGCCGCCGCCCCCCCACCGCCCCCUCCCUCUGGCGGCUACGACUACACGUGCCUGUGGAAGGACGUCUCCAAGACCAACUGCAGCGACAAGAGCAUCGGGCCGUGGGGCAUCCUCACCUUCAUCGUCCUGGUCGUAGCCGCCUUGCUCAUCAUCUCCACGCCCUUCUUCAUUAUCUACCGGCAAACGCAGCGGGGGUCCCGCAAGCUGCGCAUCUGCUGCUGCGGGAGAAAGUAUCCGGAAUAUGCGGAGGCAGAGGCGAGGGCUGCGGCGAAUUCAACGGACAUGCCGCGGCCGCCUGAAGUGUCGAAGUUUAGAAGCAUGAGCACAAGCUCAAGUACGGAUAAGACAUAG